UAGUGUUUCCGUCUAAGCCCCUCUGCUCUUGGAGCUAAGGACAGCCUGGAAACGUGAGCCGGAGGCAACCGGAAGGACGGCACAUAAAAAGAAUCCCAAAGGCGGUGUUUAAAGAACGUUGUGAUUUUUAAGUCAUUCUAAUGAUUUGGGCUCAUUACUUUUUAACUGGGGGGGCUCGCAGUCCUUGAGAUGCUCCAGUGUUUCCUUGUAUGGGUGAGAGCGUGCCCCUCUGUGGCUGAGCCAAGCAUUUGGAAAGCUCUAGUCCCCUCGGCCUUUUAAAGGGUGGCGGCUGUUUACAUUCUGGUUUUUAGGCCUGUGUCGUAGGUACUAGGGAAGGGAACAGAUUAUAAUCAUAGAAUCUCAAGGGCUCAUCUAGUUCAGCCCCCUACUCAAAGCAGGACCAGUCUCCAAUUUUUGCCCCAGUUCCCUAAAUGGCCCCCUCCAGGAUUGAACUCACAACCCUGGGUUUAGCAGGCCAAUGCUCAAACCACUGAGCUAUCCCUCCCCCCAAAUACACCCUAAAUACAGUCGCUGAAGAACAAUAGGAACUACAUAUGCAUGAGGGUGCUGAAUUCUGAAAACGGGACAAAAUUGCAAGUUAUGAAUGGGGUUGCUCCACAGAAGGAUAACAUCUCAUAAAUGGAAUCAAAGUAAGCUGCAAGGUUAGGAAAGAAUUGUGCAGUGCAUGCUCUUAGAAAACUUCCCAAAUGAAGUCUGUGAGACCUGAGACGAUGGAGACAUUGCCUGAACUCUAUGACGUCUUCCAAGGAGAGGUUGCUGCUGUAACAGAAUAUGGGGCAUUUAUAAAAAUUCCAGGCUGCAGGAAACAAGGCCUUGUCCAUAAAACCCACAUGUCAGCCUGUCGGGUCGACAAACCCUCGGAAAUGGUAGAUGUUGGAGACAAAGUGUGGGUGAAGCUUAUUGGAAGAGAGAUGAAAGAUGACAAGUUGAAGCUGUCUCUUUCCAUGAAGGUCGUCAACCAAGGAACAGGAAAGGACCUUGAUCCAAACAAUGUUGCCCUUGAUCAGGAUGAGCGGAAGAAACGUUCAUUCAGAGACUACACUAGUCAGAAGAUUACCCUGGAAGCUGUCUUGAACACUGUCUGCAAAAAAUGUGGUUGCAAAGGUCAUUUUGCCAAAGAGUGUUUCAUGCAGCCUGGGGGAACCAAGUAUAGUCUGAUACCGGAGGAGGAGGAGACAGCAGAAUAUGAAGGUGAUAAAAAGUCCAGCCACACUGAGAAUUCUUCAAAGAAAAGAAAAAAGGAAAAGAAGAAGAAAAAGAAACACAAGAGCAAGAAGUCAUCAGAGUCCGACAAUUCAGACAGCUCCGACUUGGACAGUGAUGGGGCUCAGCCAGCCAGCAAGAGGGCCAAGCGUUCGGAGAAAGCUAGUAAGCCUCAGAAAAAGAAGAAGAAAAAGAAGCACAAGAAAAAGCACAAAGAAUGAGAAGAAGAGGAGCUAGAAAGGGGCACUGGUGUUGUCAUCUCCCUGCCUGCCUGCUCUAGCCUUCUAGAGUAAACUAUCCGGAGAGAGUAGAGUUAAAUCACUACACGCUUCUUUCAGGGAUGAAGAGCUUCCUUCUUAAAGCAGCAUUCAGUCACUGAUGUUAAAGAUGUUGACUAUGAAAUUAAUUAUCCACUGUAAAGUUACACAGGCUGCCAUUCUCCUGCUGAGAGGCCAAUGGUUCUGCCUGCCAAAAUAGAUUAAUUAUACCCAUUCAUCAGUGACUCUCCCAUCGUGUAAAGCUUCACGUUCCUCUGAGUGAGCUGCCAGGGCUGCAGUGAGUUCCUUUGAAACGGCAAGGAGUGUGCAGGACAGCAGCAGCGUAUCCAGUGCCUGUCAAAGGGUGACAGCUGUGCCACUCGGGUUUGGUCCCUGCAAAACAUUAGAGGGAGCCACUCACACACCCUGUCAGCUGAUUGUCUAGUCAUGGGCACUGCCUCCCUGCUAAUUGUUACAGUUAUCACCUCUCCGCAUCUCAGUCCUGCUCUAUGCACUGUUUCUGUAUCCAUGUUACUAUGUGGCUGGGGGUGUGAUUUUUGUUUGCCGUAGAGUUAUACUGGGGUAGCUCCUAGUGUGAACUCCAUUAUACCCUUAUCAUAGGCGCUGACUGCAUGGGUGCUCUGGGGCAGCUAGGGGGAAAAAAUAAUAGUGGGUGCUGAGCAUCCACCAGCAGUCCCACAGAUCAGCUCCUUCCCCUCCCUCCCAGCGCCUCCCGGCCGCCGCGAUCGGCUGUUGAGUGGUUUGUAGGAGGUGCUAGGGGUGAGGGGGUGGAACGGGGCAGGAAGAGGUAGGGUGUGGUGAGGGCAGAGUGGGGGUCCAGCACUCCUGGGGAAAUCACAAAGUUGGUGCCUCUGGUCCUUAUACUGAUACAGCUUAAUCCCCUGCCAUGCAGGAAUGGCUGUACCAGUAUAAGGCGUCUUUAUAGGAAAGUACAUCCACAGUAGGGGGAUUGUAUUGCUUUAACUACACUGGGAUAAUAAAAGCAGAAAAACUUUUGUGUGUAGACAACCCCUCAAUCUUGUCCAUUCUGUCUGCUAGCAGUGGCAGAGGGUUGGCAACAAAUCAGCUAAAUUAUGUUAUGGAGACACUCAAGGUGAACAUUAGCUUUGUCAGUAUUGCUAGCUGUGUAAAUUAUGAAAAAUAAACCUCUGAAAUGCUAAAUUA